AUGCCACUGUCUGUUUUGUAAUGCCCUUUUCGCAGUGAGACACUCGUCUGACACGCACGUAUUUUCCUUUCUAUUCUGUCUGAAAUUAGUAAAUUUCGACAGAAUGUCUCGAAACCGAGCAGCCGAAGAAACGGACAAGCAGACGCGCAUUGCCAUCGUCAGUUCUGACAAAUGCAAGCCCAAGCGAUGUCGCCAGGAGUGCAAGAAGUCUUGCCCUGUAGUAAGGAUGGGCAAGCUUUGUAUCGAGGUCGCUAUGGACUCGAAGAUUGCGUCUCUUUCGGAAGAACUCUGUAUAGGUUGCGGUAUCUGUGUGAAGAAAUGUCCUUUCGAGGCCAUUACAAUCAUCAACAUUCCGAGUAACUUGGAUAAGCAUACCACGCAUCGUUACUCGAAGAACUCGUUCAAGCUGCAUCGGCUGCCGAUUCCGCGUCCAGGCGAAGUACUAGGGCUUGUUGGGCAGAACGGUAUUGGCAAGUCAACUGCGCUGAAAAUUCUGGCCGGUAAGUUGAAGCCCAAUUUAGGUCGCUAUUCUGAUCCGCCAGACUGGACCGAGAUUCUCGCUCACUUCCGCGGCAACGAAUUGCAGAACUACUUUACCAAGAUUCUGGAGGACAGUUUACGUGCGCUCAUCAAACCGCAGUAUGUGGAUCAGAUUCCUAAAGCCGUGAAGGGAACGGUCGCUGCGCUGCUGGAUAAAAAGGACGAACGUAACAAUCAAAAGGAGAUAUGCGAUUUGUUGGACCUGACCCACAUUCGCGACCGUGAAAUUCAAGCUUUGUCUGGAGGAGAGUUGCAACGUUUUGCUUGUGCUAUGGUCUGCAUCCAGGAUGGGGACAUUUUUAUGUUCGAUGAACCAUCCUCCUAUCUGGACGUGAAGCAACGUUUGAACUGCGCUAUGACAAUCCGUUCGCUGAUUCAUCCGGAUAAGUUUAUUAUUGUGGUAGAGCACGAUUUGUCCGUACUGGACUAUUUGUCGGAUUUCAUCUGCUGCCUGUAUGGAGUUCCUGGAUGCUAUGGAGUGGUUACUAUGCCGUUCUCCGUUCGUGAAGGCAUCAACAUUUUCCUCGAUGGUUACGUACAUACCGAGAAUAUGCGCUUCCGUACGGAAUCGCUAACCUUCAAAGUGUCGGAGUCGGCUUCCGAGGAGGAAAUCAAACGCACUUGCCAUUACGUUUAUCCUCAGAUGAAGAAGAAGCUGGGCAGUUUUACGCUGUCGGUUCAGGAUGGGCAGUUUAGUGACUCAGAAAUUAUCGUGCUGUUGGGAGAAAACGGAACGGGAAAAACUACUUUCAUUCGCAUGCUUGCCGGAAAUUUGGAACCAGAUGAGGAAUCAGAAAAACUGCCCUGCCUAAACAUUUCCUACAAGCCGCAGAAAAUUUCCCCCAAGAGUACGUCUACAGUGCGUAAUCUUUUACACGAAAAAAUUCGCGACGCUUACAUUCACCCGCAGUUUAUUGCGGACGUUAUGAAGCCUAUGAAAAUUGAAGAAAUCAUGGAUCAGGAAGUGCAGAACCUGUCCGGUGGUGAAUUGCAACGUGUUGCAUUGGUUCUGUGCCUGGGUAAACCAGCCGACGUAUACUUGAUCGACGAACCGUCGGCCUAUCUGGACUCCGAGCAGCGUUUAAUUGCUGCCAAGGUUAUUAAAAGGUACAUUCUGCAUGCUAAGAAAACUGGCUUCGUUGUGGAGCACGAUUUUAUAAUGGCAACCUACUUGGCCGACCGGGUGAUUGUGUUCGAGGGUAAACCCUCGGUGGACACGACCGCCCACACGCCGCAGUCACUGCUCAACGGAAUGAAUCGCUUCUUGGAAUUGCUGGAGAUCACAUUCCGAAGAGACCCGAAUAACUUCCGGCCUAGAAUCAAUAAGUUGAACUCGGUUAAGGACGUGGACCAAAAGCGAGCCGGGCAGUACUUCUUCUACGAAGAGUCUUAAGCAGAUGGGGACCCAUUAGUCUGAUUUAUUUUCUAUUUUACACUUGAAGGAAAAAAUGUAUUUGUUUCUAUCAACAAUCAACCAGUUUGCUUCUAUCCAUAGCUUCUGAACUAGCGGAAGAAUUCUUCCGGGAAGGAUACCUACAGAAAAUUGUCCCAUACUCUAUCAUCGUCGGUGGAUUUAAUUACUUCAACAGCUUAUAUUAUGGCUGUAACUUAGAAGCAAGGAAUAGUCACCGAAUCGCAAAUUUUAUCUCAUUCGAUGAAACGAAAAUUGUACAAGAUUGACAGCUGUUAUAUUUGCGAGUAUUUUUUUUAAUUAAUUUCACGUGAAAUAUACUUUGUGAUUAUUUAGUUA